AGUUUAUUCGGGAGGUUAUGACAACAUUUCAAAACCAACCACCAAAUGAGGUCCUACAGGAAUUGGCUGUAGGCAAAUUCAAGGGAGAAGAUGUGUUGAGUGUGUGCAAACGCACACUCAACCCUGAGCAUCCUAUAUUAAAAUAUCAACUCGCCAACAAUGUUCAACAUUCUACUAGUAAUUAUUAUACUGUUAUCCAUAGGUGCUACAGGAAUUAACAGUGGCAAAACAUAAAGGAGAAGAAGUGUUAUCAGUUUCCAAACCGACGCUCAACCCACAACAUCC